AUGAAACAUUUACCUCCAGAUAGAAAGGUCACUCAUUGGAGUCUGAAAAUGUCUAACUUUACCACCACUGUGACUGAAUUUCUCCUUAUGGGGUUUUCUGAUACCUGUGAGCUGCAGAUCCUAUAUUCUUUGCUUUUCUUUCUCACUUACUCAGCAGGCCUGAUGGGGAAUGUCCUCAUUGUCAUUGUCACCACCUUUGACAGGAGACUACAUACUCCCAUGUACUUUUUCCUUAGGAAUCUGUCCAUUGUGGAUGCCUGCUUCAUAUCAAUAACUGUUCCCCAGGCAUCUAUUAACUCCCUGGUGAACAACAGAGUUAUCUCCGUUCCUGGAUGUGCAGCUCAGAUAUUCCUGGUGACUUUCAUAGGAUAUGUUGAGUUUACUCUGCUCACUGUUAUGGCCCAUGAUCGUUAUGUUGCCAUAUGCCAACCACUUCUCUAUCCAGUGAUCAUGAGUCCCCGAGUCUGUAUGCAGAUGACUUUAACAUGCUUAUUCGCUGGCCUUUUGUAUGCAAGUUUCCACACUGGUUACACAUUUAGAUUGUCUUUCUGCCGGUCCAAUGUGAUCAACCAGUUCUUCUGUGAUAUCCCCUCUCUACUCAAGAUCUCUUGCUCAGAGACAUUCAGCAAUAUGUUAUACUUACUUGUCUCUAGUCUGGUAACUGGGGUUGGCUGCUUUAUCUUCAUCACUGCAUCUUACAUUAGUAUAUUUUCCACUGUGCUCAAAUUUCCAGUGAAAGAAGACCAAAAAAAAGCAUUCUCUACUUGUGUCCCCCACAUCAUUGUGGUCUCUUUGUUUGUUAUUUCAGUCUAUUAUGUGUACCUAAAACCACCUUCAGAUUCUGGGUCCCUUAAAGAUAUAAUCCUUUCGAUAUUCUAUUGCGUAGUACCUCCCUUUAUGAACCCUAUUAUAUACAGUCUACGGAAUAAGCAGAUUAAAGAGGCUGCAAGAAUAGUAAUGAAGGGAAAAUUUUUAUUAAGAAAUAAAAUAUAA